CUGAGAGACGUCGAGGUUUACCAUUUUUAACCCCCCAAAAAUUCAAAAUUAGGGCAACGGCUUCUCAACCCGUCUCUAUUGUCUUCCGCCCAAAUUUGGAUCGACGUCCGGCCUCCGGAGCACUUCAAGUAUGCCGUCGACUCGCAGCUGUCCUUGCCUAAACACCCACCUCUCGCCGCUGAAGAAGAUAUCUCUUUCUCGAACCGACUCACUCCUGCAGCCGGAGCUCGACCUUCUGUUUGUGCUCCCUAAAGUCCGCCCGACCUUGUGGCGUGCUGAUCUAGUUGUGGUGCUUUCUGUGGGUUUUGUCUGCAGACUUGAGCUUGCCAGGAACACAGAGAGAGAGAGAGAGUGGGAGAUUGAGAAAUGAGUUGCUUUCCUUGUUUCUUGAGGAAGAGGAUCCCAAAGGAGGAACUAUCUCGCAUUGUAAGCGGCACAGAUAAAAAUGAGCUCAGGAAAAAGCCUGAGUAUGUGGCACAAAAAUCCACAGAAGCAACUCGAAAAGAUGCUGGAAAUGGUAAUAUUGCAUCUCAGACUUCCACAGAAGCAACAACAAGAGAUGCUGGAAAUGGAAAUAUUGAAGCUCGAAAUUUCACAUUCCGUGAGCUGGCUGCGGCUACCAAGAAUUUCCGGUCUGAAUGUCUGUUGGGUGAAGGAGGGUUCGGCAGAGUUUAUAAGGGUCACCUUGAGAACCUUGGACAGGUGGUGGCGGUUAAGCAGCUUGACAGGAAUGGAUUCCAAGGGAACAAAGAAUUCAUUGUCGAAGUGAUGAUGCUUAGUCUCCUCCAUCAUGAAAAUCUAGUCAAGCUUAUUGGCUACUGCGCUGAUGGUGCUCAAAGACUUUUGGUAUAUGAAUACAUGUCCUUGGGCUCCUUAGAAGACCAUCUCCUCGAUAUAUCGCCGGAGCAGAAAUCUCUAAACUGGUACACUAGGAUGAAAAUAGCAUAUCAUGCUGCUCAAGGUCUAGAGUAUUUGCACGAGGAGGCCAACCCGCCCGUGAUCUACCGUGACCUCAAAUCAUCCAAUAUCCUACUUGACAAAGAUUUCAAUGCAAAAUUGUCUGAUUUUGGUCUUGCGAAAUUGGAUCCCAUGGGAGAUGAAAUUCAUGUUUCUUCAAAGGUGAUGGGCACUUAUGGGUACUGUGCGCCUGAGUAUGCUAGAACAGGUGAACUUACAGUGAAGGCAGAUGUAUACAGUUUCGGAGUUGUGUUGCUCGAGCUGAUCACAGGGAGGAGUGCAAUUAACACGUUGAAGCCAACAAGUGAACAGAAUCUUGUCUCUUGGGCGAUGCCAAAAUUCAAAGAUCAAAAGAGGUUCAAAGAACUAGUUGAUCCACUCUUGAAUGAAGAUUAUCCAGCAAAUGGCUUGAGCCAAGCAGUUGCUGUUGCUGCAUUAUGCCUUCAAGAAGAGGCUCUUUCUCGCCCAUUUAUGGCCGAUGUCGUGACCGCACUACACGUUCUUGUAGACACUCCCCGAGUGUAGGCCAUUCUCCAGCAUCAAGAUCCAACUUCUAAGCAUUGGAUCUUAUCAUUUGCAGAUGAGAAGAUCAUUGGGAAACCGAUUAGUUGAAAGUGGCUCUUCUAACAUAUUGUUGUUGUUGUCGGACGAACUUGUGCAUUGAACACAUGUUAGGGGUUUUAGUUUCUCGCCUUAACCUUCCUCUUACUCCUCUGUAUGGUCCCUUUUGUCAGUAGUAAACAUGAUAUGAUUUCGAAAGGUAAACUCUAGUUUUGGUUAGUUGACUAUGUAUAUAUAUAGUUUUGUGGAGAAA